AUGCAAGGGCGGCAGAGCGCGCCGCUCAGCGCGCGGUCGAUGCGCGCGAGUAUGUCGCCAGGAAGCAAGAGCAUGGUGCAAGCGUCGCCGCGCAAGCCCCUGCAAGAUAGGAAUGGCGAUGCGAGCGCAAGAGAUACGAUCCGCGCGACACAGAGCCUGCUCUCGACGCUCCACGCGCCCGAGGACGCGACGAAAGCAUACCUGAGCCUGCAUGCGCUCAAAGACACGCUCGGGCAGUACCGUACGCUGGAGGAAGACCCCCUUGCGACGGACCCUGGCCUUGCGCUGGACUGGGACCUCUACCGCGACGAGCCCGGCGCGCUCGAGGCGGAGGAGGAGGAGCUGAAGGCCUACUACCGCAAGCUCAAGUUUAUUUACCUGGAGCAAGAGACCAAGCUGCGCUUCCUUGCCGAUCUCCAGGACGAUCCCGAGACGGGCCAGGAGCCCCAGAUCCUCACGGUCGAGGAUGUGGCGUCACGCGAAAGCGACAGUCGCAAGGUCAAGAUGCAGUUGGUCGAGGCCAAGACGCGCGUGCGCGAGCUGCGUGCCGAUAUUGAUGAGCUGGCCGAUUCCAUGAAGGAGCCGUGGGGUGACUUGGAGGAUGGCGAGGCCGAGGCCCUCGACCUCAUGGCCGGCAUCUCCGACAUGGAGCUCGAGCUGGCGCGGAUCCGCGCCGCGGAGGGCAUGCACGGCACCAUGACCGCGGCCGAGGCGGUGGCCAAGAGCGAGGAGCAGGUCGAAGAGAUGCAGCGCAUCGAGACCGAGACGUCAGAGGUGACGCAUGCACUCGAAAAAACCAAGAUGGAGCUCAAGCAGAGCAGCCGUGCGCUGGAGCGCCUCAAGGCCGAGCGCUCUGCCGCCGAGAAGCUCGCGAACGAGGCGCAGCUGGGCGCGGGCCGCGACCGCGGCCGCGACUGGGAGCUGGAGCGCGUCUGUGCGCGGCACACGACUAUGCUGCACCAGCUGCACGAGUCGCUCGCGCUGCACGCGCUGCAUGCGCCCACCCCCGAGACGCUCGAGGUGGUGUUUGCGCCGACAGCUGUCGACGGCGCGUCGCCCGGCACGCUGCGCCUCACCUGGGACGUGCCCGGCGGCCAGCUCCUCGGCUACGAGCUGGAGGAUGCGCACGGCGCCCCGCUCGCGCUCUCGCACGAGGCGUCGCUCUACGUAGACGCGGCGCUGGAAAGUAACCAGCCCGCGGCGCUCGUGCAGCGCGUAUGGCAGGAAAUGUAA